AUGCAGAGAUCAGCCAAGAGAUUCAAACAAGAAGUAAGUACCUCAAUGAACCACCCACCGUUGACACCUCUGGCGCCACCACCACCGCCCCGACUCAUCAGUGAGGAGGAAAUUUCCGUCAUGAUAGCUACUUUGAAGAAUGUCAUAACUGGUGACGCUGCCACUUCUCAUUUUGAAUAUGAUGCUCAAGGGAAGGUGUUGUUUUCGGUUGCUCAAGGUACAGAGACUUGUCAGUUUUGCAGAAUCCAAGGGUGUUUGGGGUGCAAUUAUUUUGGACCGGCGGUGGCAGUGGUGGAUGAAAAGAAGAAGAAGAAUGUGGUGGUGAAGAAAAAGAAGAAUUACAGAGGUGUAAGGCACCGGCCAUGGGGAAAAUGGGCGGCAGAGAUUCGGGAUCCUCGUAAGGCUGCAAGAGUGUGGCUUGGUACAUUUGAGACGGCGGAGGAUGCGGCACUUGCUUAUGAUAGGGCGGCGAUUGAAUUUAGAGGUCCAAGAGCAAAGCUUAAUUUUCCUCUUGCCGAUUACACCGCCGCCCCAGUCUCGGCCAGCAAUCAACCUAGUCCACCAUCUCAAAAUCAUUGCAAUCAUCAGAAAAUUCUGCAUCAAGAAAAUGCGAAAAACAAUAAGAUUUCGACAGAAAUGGACUUUAAGACUAGCAAUGAGAUGGGUUUCUGGGAUGUGAUUGGAGAAGAUGAAAUUCAAGAAUGGAUGAUGACAAUGAUGAUGUAUUCCAGUGGAAAUGAUUCUUCAGACUCUGUCAUUAGGAUCUAA